ACACACUCAUAUUUUACGAGGAAAAACUUUUUUUUUUCAGUCACGCAGUAAAAAAAAUUGUACCCUCGAAAUUAACGGACCGCACAUCUGCUCCUUGGAAGCUGAGGCCCCGUGUUGCCAGCUCGAAGCGCUAAGCGCGAGAAAUUCCCCGAGAAAAUAAAUCAGGGCGGGGAACUUUGGCAUCAGCGCGCAGCUCCAACUCGGGUCUUUUCGACGCGAGAGCUCCUCAAACUUUAACACUCAAAUCAGCAACUUAGAUGAUGGGCGAAAUUACGCAGAUUAAUAAAUUGAUCCCUCCUCUCGGCCGCUUAUUAGCUAAGUAGGAUCUUUGCGCGCCGCAGCGGUUUCGCGUAAUGAUGCCGUGGAAAAACUUGCGGCAGAUGUCCCUAAAGUUGGUUCCGUUAAAUGUGAAGUGAGACGCUAGCCGCUCGUUAUGCGGAGUGCAUACAGUUGUUUGAUGUUCUUUGGUUUCUGGUGCAGACCGCCCGCUACUCUCUUAUAACUGAACCGCCGACGCUUUCAAGCAGAUCGAUCCUCAAAUGAUGGUAGACAAGACCGGAGUAGGUCCUGAUGGUAGCGGACAAGGAACCGACCCGAAGCAGCAGCCGGAGGAGAAAUCGUCUGAACAGUCUGAGGAUGAGAAGUCGAAACCAGAACAGAAGCCAGAGGAAACGCAGCCGGCGGAGAAAAGCUCAGGAAGCAGGACCUGCUAUUAUCUACUCCCCGAGUCCGUCUGUCGCGGAUUCCUUGGACAAGGAACGAAAAGUAAUCAAAGAUGGAUGAAACUGCGGACCACCGUUCAAAUAUCCUCUGCAGUUGGAUCCACAAAGUCAAAGCCACCUUUGAAAAGAGAAGACUCAUUUCUAAAGAGAUUUUCCACGCGACAAGUACCUCAAACUCAGGAAACUGUGGACACAGGCGACGACGGGGAGGGGGGCUCGGGGUCGCAAUCGAAUCUCGACGACUCAUCGGUGCGGCGGAAGCGGCGGCGACGGCUGCGGCACCCGCGGUCGGUGGUGAACCCGGACGAGAACUUCUACUUCUACUGGCUCCUGGUCAUCACGGUCUGCGUGCUCUACAACCUGUGGACGCUCAUCGUGCGGCAGAGCUUCCCGGAGCUCCAGAUGGGCUACUCCACGCUCUGGUUCUCGGCCGACGCCUUCACCGACGUCGUCUUCCUCUGCGACAUCAUCGUCCAGUUCCGGACCGGGUACCUCGAGCAGGGGCUCAUGGUCUACAACUCCAAGAAGCUCGCCGGGCACUACCUCAAGUCCAACUCCUUCGUCCUCGACGUCCUCGCGCUCCUCCCGUUGGAUCUCCUCCAGUUCAACCUCGGCAUCCAGCCCCUCCUCCGCUUCCCUAGGUUUUUGAAGGUGUAUCGUGUGUAUGACUAUUAUUACAUGGUGGAAUCUCGGACAGUGUACCCGAAUCUUUGGCGGGUAGUCAAUUUAAUUCAUAUUUUAUUAGUGUUAGCUCAUUGGUUCGGUUGUUUUUAUUACUUACUGUCGGAGACGGAGGGGUUCAAGGGGGACUGGGUCUACCCCUACCGGCCCGGCGAGUACGCGACGCUCUCCCGAAAGUACCUAGGAUCAGUCUACUGGUCAACGCUUACUCUUACCACCAUAGGAGACCUGCCGACGCCCGAAACCAACGCAGAUUCAGUGGACGCCUCAGGAAAUUGGUUCAGAAAUACUUCGUUCAGAAAUAUACGGCGCAAGUCAAGAUUACUUCGGUUUAAUACAAACUUUGGGUAUAUUUUUACAAUCGUUAGUUAUCUCAUUGGCAUGUUCAUUUUUGCUACGAUAGUCGGUCAAGUAGGGAAUGUGAUAACCAAUAGGAAUGCAAACCGAUUAGAGUUUGAAAGACUGCUAGAUGGUGCAAAAACGUACAUGCGACAUCACAAAGUGCCUGGGGGAAUGAAACGGAGGGUACUAAGGUGGUACGACUACUCUUGGUCCAGGGGUCGCAUCCAAGGAGGAGGAGACAUAAACACUGCCUUAGGACUGUUACCUGAUAAACUGAAAACAGAGCUAGCUUUACAUGUAAAUUUAAGUGUUUUAAAGAAGGUUACAAUAUUUCAAGAGUGCCAGCCUGAGUUUCUCCAUGAUUUGGUGCUAAAAAUGAAAGCAUAUAUCUUCACACCUGGUGACCUGAUUUGUCGGAAAGGAGAAGUUGCGCGAGAAAUGUUUAUUAUCGCUGACGGAAUACUAGAGGUCAUUAGUGAGAGCGGGCGAGUUUUAACAACAAUGAAGGCAGGGGAUUUUUUCGGUGAGAUCGGAAUCUUGAAUUUAGAUGGUUUGAACAAGAGGACGGCAGAUGUUCGAUCGGUGGGUUACUCGGAGCUGUUCAGUUUAUCGCGUGAGGAUGUUCUGACGGCGAUGAAAGAUUAUCCGGAGGCUCAAGAGAUCCUCCAGUCUUUGGGACGGAAGCGGCUUAUGGAGGCCCGAAACAUCAACAGAGGCGCAAAAGUAGCCGGAGGUGAUAAAAAACGGAAACAGGCAUCACCACCCUCUCCAGACAGUGGAGAUCAUAAAACCAGCAAAAAAAUCGUAGACAAAAUUAGGAGCGAUGUGAAAGGCCUCCGGAACGUGUUACGGAAGAGCCGCCGAGGAACAAGGACAAAGGACGAAAGUUUAGAGCUUCAGCCUCUGACCAAUGUAUCCGGUGGUCAGUCUGGGGGCCACAGCAACAAAGGCUUACUUUGCCGGAUGCCACGGGUGUGGAGCGAUGAAACAUCUCAAGAGGAGGAUUCUCCAGCACCGAAAGACGAGUCCAAAGGCCAAAGCAAACCACUUCUACAGAGGUUAAAAAUCUGCAAAGACAAGCAGGAGAAAGACGACGGCGAGAGAGGAGACGAAGGAAAAAGGGGAGGUGCGGAACCCGAGGGGGACGCCAAAGAUAAAGAACCCGAACCAAUAGGAGUAGGUCUACCGCUCCUGCAACGACUCCUCUUGCUCAAACAGAAGGAGGACCGCGAGGCGGCCGAGAUCAAAGCGGCCGCUUCGAACACGGCCGAAAUUUUGGCUUCGACCGUUCGGACGCAACAACAGAAGUCGCCGGUGUCCAAGCCGCGCAAGAAGUGGAAGGAGUUGGCGCCGACCCCGUGCCAGGCGGCGAUGAACCAGGUGGAGACGACGAAGAACACCAUCGCCAACUCCUCGAUCACGAAGAAGGAGAACGUGGUGAUCAAGAAGUCGGCCGACGCCCAAGCGAGCAGCAGCUGCAGUAAACCCGGGGCGUGCGGCUCGAAGGAGAACGUCAACGCGGAGUCGACGGGCGGUGGCGGCGGCGGGGCUAAGCCUCCCGAGCCGAAGCGAACCAACUCAGGUACCAAGCCUUGGAGCUUGCUCAAGAACGCCACAGUUCUGUCCGCUCCCCCGAGCGGCGCCAAAGAGCCCACUGUGAUGCCCGGGACCCAGACACCCGACCCCGCCCCCACCCCCGCCCCCACAACUUCCACCACCCCGAACACUAGUCUAGCAACAAAUUUAGAAAGUAAGCACGUUAGGAUUAACUCAAUUGCUCAAUCGUUCUGCAGGGACACCAAGAAGUCUGCAGAGGCUCAACUUGACAAUAAGUUAGAUAUACCGCUUCGGAUCCCGUUCACGCGGAAGCCGGGCGUCCUGCGGGUCCGCCAGGGGAUCCGCAUGUACAAGUCCAUCGAGGACCUCUCGCCGGAGUACUCCGGGCUCCCGUUCGUCAAGAAGCUCAAGAUCCUCAACGAGCGGCAGAAGCUGGCCGAGCUCGAGAGGGACGCCUUCCUGCGCAGCACCAGCUUGGACUCGAGCGGGGAGAACGAGAACACCUUCGACACCGCCACCCUCACCCGGAGCCACUCGGAGGCCAUCGCCAUCGAGCUGGUGCUCCGCAACCAGCAAUCGCGCAACGCCAAGGCCGCGCGGCCGGCCAACCUCCCGAAGACCUUCGACCCGGUGGCCAACACCCCGCUCGUCUCGCCGGAGAGCAACGAGACCCAGGAGCGCAAGCACCUCAAGAGCAUCCUCAAGAAGCUCUCCUCGAACAACCUCUUCAAGAAGGACGAGGAGGCGCCGCAGAAGAACCAGUCGGACCCGACCACGGCCGCGCCGGCCGCCAAGAUCGACCCGAAUAUCAAGAGGCUCAUGCGCGCGCAGACUUUCGAGGGCUUCGCCGCGCGGCAUAGCAAGCUCACCAAAAGCGUAACGUUUAACCGGGAUACGCUUCAGUCGCCUCCGGCGACUGCAGCCUCGCCCACGGUCAAAGAUCUGGAAGUCCAAUUGUGCCUCCCGGUUAAGUCGACGGUCGAGGAGGUCAAAUCGGAACCCCUGGAGGCUCCGGUCUCUUCUGGUGAGGAGCGUCUUCAGACGGGUCAAGUGGACAAGUCGGUUUCGCCCUCGCGGAAUCCGGACUUGAUCCCGGACGUUGAUAGGAUUCCGACGGUUGCCGAAGCGAGCACCCCGGUGGAUGUUAUCUCGGCGCAGUUCGCGAUGUGCGUGGCGGGGGAUGCUGCGGCGCCCUCUGGCGGGAGUCAGCAGAACAUCACGUGCUCGACGCAAACGGACUCGGCGACGUUCGACGGGGGCACGGACGGCGGGGGUGGAGCCGAGGUGUUCGCCUUCCCGGAGUCGAUGUCCAUCACCCAGUUCACAAGUGUUCAAAAGAGCUUCCGUCCGGACUCUCUCCUGUUGCCUUCUCAUAGUCUAGAGGAAGAAUAUUUCAACGAUAUUCUCAACGGAAUCAAGCACGUCAUUCAAGGACAUUUAGAGGAUGUGCAAACGAAGUUCAAAUCAAAAAUAGUCAAUUUAGAACAAGAAGUAAGAACAAGGGAUGAAAUCAUAGCAAGGCUUCAACAAAAAAUUCAUCGGUUGGAGGCAGGAAUUAGGCAUUCAAGCGAGUCCGACUCGGAUAGUGAUAUGGACGAUUCGGAUGAAUACUCUGAUCAGCCAUUCAUGCGAGGAGAUUCGGUGGACACGGUGGUGGGUCCAUCGGAGGAGGGGGUCUGGGUGGACGAGAGCGGGCGGUGCGGGAGCAAGACGGGGCUGCGGGGCUACCAGUGCAACCGGCGCUCGUGGGAGGACCACUCGGAGGAGGAGAGCCUGGAGCUGCAGGACCUGCCGCGCUCCAUCACGCCGCAGCCCAUGUGGACGACCGUGGAGAUCGGCUCUGAGUCCUCCGACAGCCCCGGCUCCCUCGACUCGGAGCACUCCGUCUCCGGCUCCACCUCCGAGCAGGACCUCCGCUUCCGCAAGCACGACUGCAACUGGGAGAUCCAAAUGCUCGCCCGGGAGCUCGACCGACGGAAAACCGACCGCGUCCAGGAGCGCAGGGACCGCGACCGAGAUCGCAAGCAGAGGUAUCGAAAGCACAAACCGCGGAGCACGGACAGCAACCAGUUAUCAGAGCUGCUGAGUCCGGAAUCAGGCGGCUCGCAGGAGCUCUUCGUUCUGGACCCCUCGUCGCUGGCUGCCUACAACCUGAACCCGAAGCUGCGGACCCGGACGGAGACUGUCUCCCGCUCCUCCUCGAACCUGACCCUGCCGACCGUGGCGAACCCCAUCGCACCUCCCGAGGGACUCUACCAGAAGUCCCUCUCCAUCGGGAGCCUCCACUCGUCCAUCUCGAGCUCGGUCCGGCGCGGGUUCCACCUCCUCCGCAACAGCUCCACGACGCAACCUCCGGAGGCGGCGCCCUCCACCGGCCCGCCCUACUCCCCGGACAUCGUGCCUACCAUAUCCCAGGCCUGCCUCCCGCCCCCGCCUCCACCUAAUAUUUGAGCUUGGGUAACUGCUUACUGAGCUCUCUAGGUCUCGCCGUUCCCUCUCAAACCAUUUGAGGCGUUGGCUGCAGAGAGGGUAUUUCUUGGUUGUGGUGUUUCAAAAUUUCCUCUGCUAUUUUAAAUUUUAGAGAGGCAACUAUUCGUUAACUACUCUAACUCCCUGAAGAACUGUGGGAGGAUAGGGAACUUUGGCGGCUAAGUGUCGCAGGAGCAAAAGCGGAUUUUAUGGUGGAAAACAAAGAGAAUGUAAAAGCAGCCCGAAACGGAAAAGACAAUCGAAAACACGGGAAAAUGCGGAAACAAGGCUAAAACACAAAAUACAUAGGCAGGACGUUUCGGUACCUUACGGCACCAUUAUCAACUGCUUAAAAUGAAUUAAAAAUACAAAAUAAAUGGGCGGGAGCGCGAGGGACCAGCUGAGAAAUAGGAGCUGUGAUCAGAACCAAGAGUUGUAAGAUUCCUUCAGAAAGUCGAUUUGCCGCUACGAGCCCACGACAUGGAUCAUCAUCAGGAGAUCUUAAUCUGAAAGUUCUAAUCUUUAUUUCUCAACAAUAUGUACACUUUACACAGGGAAAAUACACGACAAAUACAUACAUAGGGCUAUAACACUUCAAUCCUUAUGUCCGGGGGAAAGACGUUAAGGGACAGGUGAAGGUUGGAGGCGCAGCAUUAGUCGUGCGUGUACAUAGGAGGAGGUGCGCUGCAGUAUACGUGCGAGCACAAGGACAGGGUGCUGCAGUACACGUGCGAGCACAAGGAUAGGGAAGCUGCAGUAGACGUGCGAGCAAGGGCGUGUGCAGCAGUAAACGUGCGUGCGCGGGAUGGAAAGGAUGGGAUUGAGAGCUCCGACUAGGGCGCGACGAGGGCAAAGUCGAGAGCGUCUGAUUUCACCAGAGAACUGGCCGAACCCCUAUCUUUUCAAAACGUAGAAAAAACAAGGGAACGGGCAUGUAAAUGAGACCCCGAACUCUGGUGGUCAGGGAUGAAAAGCUGGAGGGAUCCCUCUCGUCGGCGCACAAAAAACCCUGCGCGGUUCCCUGCGCGGGGGCGGAGAAAGCGCGCGGUUGAGGCGUGGACGGUGGAAUAGGGGAGAGCCACAGUGGGCUCGAACAAUAAAUUAAAAUAAAAACCAGCAAACGGCGUUACAUGGUGAAAUUGGUAUUGAAAUGAGACUGCAGUGAUAACAGAAUAAACCGUUAUAAACCGCGGAUUUUAUAUUUAUAACUAUUCAGCAAUAAUAUUCUUUAAUUUUUCGUUUUCAAUAUUGUAAAAUUAUGAGGAAAAUUCGACGACAAUUUCAACGAAUUCCAUUGAUCUGCUUUACUUAUAAUGGAUGAAACUUCCGCGUAGAUUCUGAGACACCGCAACCAAGAAAUGCUCUUUCUGCACUCAGCGUCUCAUUUAUGUCAUGAAAAAAAUUCAGGGUCAAUACAGAUAAUUUUAUGCUUUCAAGGAUUCGUAGGGGCACUACGCAAGAUCUCUAGUUUUUUGCACGAGGUGGAAAAAGAAUGUUGCACUUACCAUUCUCCUGUUGAAUUCUUGGUUCAACUCACUUUUUAGUCUUGGUUAAACUCCGUUAUUUUUUUGAUAAGAAUUAUUUUGGCCCCAAUUUAGCAGUGCCUCUCCAGAAUUGUUACUGGGACCAACAUAAUUCUUACCGCAAAAUUAACAUUGUAGCUUUAACUAGAGGUCAGGCAAAACCUGAAAUUCUCCAUGAGCCAAUACGGAUAUUAACUCUUCUUUCCUCGGGCGCGAGUAAUAUAUAAUUCCUCGCCAUAGGUAGCCUAACAAAUAUGACAAAUAUCUCUCUUAUUUGCAAAAUAUUUGACAGCAAAUUCACAUAUCUCAUCUUCUGUGUGGAUUCAACCUCUCUGUGAGAAUGGCGAUACAUUGAGAAAAUAGUUAUUAACAAGGGAAAAUAUUGGCGUGUAGUGCAUCCGGGUGUAUUUUAUUAAUGAGAUGAGAGACUUCCGUUUCAUACUGAUAUAACAGAACUUAAACCUCAAAGAAAGCAAUGAAGUAUGGCAUGAGGAUUAAGAAAAUAAGCAGGAUUAAAUCAAUACGAUGGUGCAUAAUUCAGCCUCGUGUCAGUUCAGUAUUUCAUAAUUGAGUUACUUAAUUCCACUCUAAAAAGUGAAAAGAAAUUGUAUAUACCAAAUAUAAAUAUUAUAAUUUCUGUAAAAUUUGCUACACCGAUACUGUGCAAUGAAACACUGCAGACUGACUGCAAAAUGUUUCCUUUUUAAGGUUUAUCGGUCAAAAAUCAUCUAAUUAUUCAAAUGAUCUGCAGAUUAUCUCACUCGAGAUACACUCUAAAUGAGACGUAUGAAUAGUUAUUGAUCAUUUCAGAUGAAUAAUCCCAAAAUAUUACCUGUAUAUGAGAAUGUAAGUACAAUGCGUACUUGCAUUCACAACAAAAACAUUAAUUUACGUUUCACAAGAACAUAAGUUCAAUUUUUUUAGGCGAUAAAAUAUUAUGAAAUUUUUCAAACUUACACCCUUUUUGCCAAAAGUUCAUGUACCGGCGGACCUUCUUAAAAAUUAUACAUAUAUUAACAUUCCUCAAACAUAAAAAAGCUGUAUAAGACAGUUGCAUCAAAAUGUAUUUUUCAAUGCCCAACAAAUUUCUUCGAUUAACACCGAUUCGUACUUUAAUAUUUUCUGCGAUUUUGCGUUGAAAGUUGGAAAGCCCCCUCCUCCUUCUCCUCCCCCAAUUACUGCCCUUAACAGCUUUCUGUAAUCAUUUCGUACACUAAUCUAAAAAAAUCAAGGAUUAAAAUCAGUAAAUUUAAUAGAUUAGUCUAAUGCACUGUGACGGAUGAGUAGGUGACCAUUACUGAUUUGAUGCACAAACUAUAGAAAGCUUCAUUCAAUUUCUAACUUUUUUUCUUCUUUUUUAUUGUGACAAUAUUUCUGUUUUUAUGGUUUUAAAUGAAGAUUUAAGAUAGAUCUUUCUUUUGACGUUCCAUCACUAUACUUUCGUCAAUUAAGCGUUUUUAGCAAUGUGAGUGAUCAUUUGGUAUAUUUAAUACGCAAAAUUUCGUUUCAAAGAUAUUUGCUCUGUGCCAAAAUGAAUGCAUGCAGUCACCUGAGGAAAUAAAAAGUCCGCAAUCUUGAGUAAAACUUAUUUGUAAGGAUAUUGCAUGCAUUACAAAAAUCAUGCGUAUUAUAAUGUUAUUUCAUACAUACUUUUACAGCACUUUCUAAAUAUUAAACAAAAAAAAUAUGAGAAAAAGGAGAUGACACCAAGAUAUUGGUAUCAAGUUUUGAUUUCCCAACGCUUCCGCGUACAUCAUCUGAAAAUGUUACGUAUUCACGCAAAAUAUAAGAGUGGAUCUUUAACGGUUCAUUUAUGAUAAAUGAAUCACAUUAGAUUCUAGGCAGGUGCGAGAAGUAUUUUUUCAACAAAUCUGAAGGCGGUAGUUCCUGUGAAUUCUUAUACACGUGUGAAAGGAAUAUCCUAAUUUUCCAUGGUCUCGGAAAUUAAAAUUUUAGAUCGAGGAUGUCAUCUGAGCCACUCAAUAGUUUAAUCUAGUGAUUUUUUCCACGUCGCCAUUAGUAUAUUGUUGGGUAAAAAAAAACCUAUCCGAGUGCAUAUUUAUUACAUAGAUUACAAGAGUUUAAACCUUAAAAAAUGUGAUUAUUUUAUUUUUAUAUAUUUAUCAUUGUUAUCAUUUCGGGUACCAAUUAAAAUGUUCAAUAGGAUUUGUAUAUACACUAAAAUGUGAUAUAAUAUUGUUAAUUGAAAGUUGUUUAUUUUUCGUGCCCUUCCAUUCAAUUAUUUUAAAAGUAUAGUGUGCUUCGAAUUCAACACAGUUAUGAUAGAAAGAGUGGAAAUUGUUACCUAAUUCUAGAAGUGUGGAAAGGUCAUCGCCUACAAAUGGUUAUGCCUAGUGUUCAUCCUUCUUACCAGAUUUUGGCUUAGCUGAAAUUGCUAAUCCAAUUUCUAUAAGACAGAACAUAUGACCACCUAGAUAAUGCGUGAACAAUUUUUUGCAGUCAAUCUAUUGAUAAUAUUUCUAUCUCUGUAGAUCCAACAAGAAUAGUGAUAUCAAAAGAAAUUGAAAAAAUCCUUUAAAAUAUUCAACUCUCAAACGUAUUGCCAGCCCAAAUCAACCCUCGUGGCCAAGUGUAAGGGUCCAUAUCAAAUUAUGCUUCGUUUGUAUUGAAUAAAUUUUCAAUGUGAAUCAAAGGAGCUUCUAUUGAAUGUCUCCUGCAAUGGAUAAAAGAAAAAUUAUUAUUUUCUUAAACAAGGCAUUUUUCUUCACGAUUUUUCAAGGAGAAAUAUCUUCUCAAUGAACUUUCAAUGGUUCUUUUUUUCUUUUCUUAUAACAAGCUCUGCAUGGGAAGAUUGUAUCCAUUCUCAACUUAUAUUAUUUGUCCAGUACUUUAUUUCCUCUAAAAAGUAAUUCUCCUCAUAAAUCGGCAGCAAUUUCUUCCGUAAAUUUUUCCUUACACUUGGGAUAAUUGUUUAUUCGUUGGAAACUCUCCUUUUUUCUGUGUUUCGGAACCAUAAGUGCAUUCCUGUAUGAGCCAUAGUUUGGACAUAUUUUUCCGUUUGAAGCUAUGGUAAAAAAUCGAUUAUUAUAACACUCGUUGCAGACGCCUUAGUAAUCGAUCUUUUUCUAUAGGUUUGAAUGUCAUAUCAAUCGAUACAUCGGAAAUCACGCCACGGUACUUGCUCUUACGUGUCUCGAGACUCAUCCGAGACUGCACUUACGGCUUUCUUCCGUCACGCGGCAGCUUUGAGUUGAAUAUCAUGAAAUUUCAUUAACCUCGUCUUUAUCUAAUAUUAUUUUCUUAUAAUUUAAUUUGGUCUUUAGCGAGAUGAGAUAGUAGGUACGUUUGAUCUAAAAAUAUUUUUACAACACCACUAGUCUGAGUCUGUUGAACGAGAGAAUUCCCUCUAUGCCGAAGGAUUUUGUUUAAAUUCGUAUUCCUCUUCCCCAUGAUAUGGAAAGGAUGAGUUGGCUCUUUAUUUUCCUUUCCCUUGCCCUUGAAAUGAAAGCGGGUCAAGGGAAAUCAACAGUUUGUUCAUGUCACUGUUUUUGUUGCAACUUAACGUUAAAUAUGAUGUUACAAAUAUGUUCAAUUUAUUUAGUGAAGAGUUGACUUUAUAUAUGUGUAUGAUAUUAUGAAAAUGCUUCAAUAAUGUACAUUUUUUUCUACAGUUUUUGUAAUAUUAUGAUCCCUUUCUUUUCUCUUAAUAAAUUUACGAUAAACUACGUUUUA